UCUCUGUUAUCUCCCCAGCAUCUUGGAAUAAUUAUACGAAUCUAAGCGAAAACGACAAGCCAAGUCUAAGACAUCCAACCACUCUAAUGUCAUCGAGGCAUCAUUCGCCAUUUCAUCAUUCCAAUUCGCUUCCUCGCACAUUCUUUGAUAGCCACGCUUAAGUGUGCCAAUUCGGACUGAGCACAGAACCAGCCACACUUUUAAUAUAACCAUUUAUUACAAUAAUCUCAACCCUUGGGCUAAGCUAUACUAUAGUGCUCAACUUCUCCAGCUGGGACAGCAAUAAUCUUCAGCCCUGAAGAUUAGUAGCGCCUAUCAUACUCGAAAGUCGCCAUAGCUUGUUGACUUAUUUGCAAAGCAAAUAACAAGCUAAAAUGUCGUCAACAGUGCACACAGAGUCUCCUCGUGCUUUGCCGUCAUCAAUACAUAGACCUCACCAUCGACAGCAGUCGCUACCUCUCCUAAGACAGGCAUCGUUCACAGCCUCUCUCUCACACGCUGCGAUGCCCCCAGACACGUCAGAAUGGAAACACAUCAUGGACGAGAUAAAGCGAAAGUACCUUGCUCGCAAAUAUCGAUCAUGCUCAAUGCAAUGCUGUGAUGUUUUGGCGAAUAUAAAAGAAGAAUCGACCAUCGAGCCGUUACACCGGAUAUAUUUACACUUUUACGCUGCGUCCUCUUUCGAAUGGUGUGCGCGGCCUCUUUCAUCGUCCACCUACCGUGAAGAGUUACUUCGCAGUGCGCAGACGCACUACGCUGAGGCAGAGGUUCAGAUUGCCGCCAUGGAGUUCAAUAUGACCGAGAGAGCGAGUUCUCCCUCUUCAGCAAGGUCCUCAUCUCCUAGCUUAUCGGCUCGCUCGAGGACACCAGACUUGAUUAGUACUGCUUCAUCAUCACCACGGACUAGUGGAUUUUUUCUGGACGACCCCCCGACGAAAGCGGCCCGGCAAGCUCGCAUGAAAGCGAAGAAGAAGGUAUCGUUCUCCAGCUUCCCACAGCUUUUUGAGUUCCAGCCAGAGCCCCAUAUCCGUCCAGACAGCCCAACGUUGGGUUUAGAGGAUCCUAUCUUCAUAGCGAUGUCUCGUGAGAUGGACGCGUCAAUUUCUAUAUCACCAAAGAAGCAUAGCAGCCCAACGUCGAUAAUCAAGACGUCGCUCGGAGACCAAUCAGCUCCUGCACGCAUUAUGAGCCUCGAAGAGUUCGAGUCGAGAUCCGCAUCUCAAGCUAGUGCGAUAUUAUCGGCCGGGAACAGUGAUAACCCAGACAGAUGUAGCACCCCAAGUAACCAUACCUUCGACCUUGAGUCCUUCAUUCAAGCGCGCACGCUUAACCGCCUUCGCGGUCAACUUUUGGAACUAAGAGAUCAAGUCUGCCGGCACCGCACUGUGGUAGAUAGUCUUCUUAGCACCGCAGAAGACCCGCACAUAGCACGAACAACAAGGGAAAUCACCAUAUCUGAGACCCAGCCAUCGAGUACAGUUUCCACAAUGAACCACGUGCGUCACCAAUCUGCCUCCGUGAAUGCAACCCAAGCUGGCACCCCAUUGCGCCCGACGCUCCGCAUCCAAACCGACCUAGGACGAAGCGACGCUCCAGUCAGCUCCCCUAGCAGAUACCAUCAUCUGCGCAAAUAUAACUCCGUAUCGGCUGGUCUUGGGCAGUCGUGGGGGAUAAGCAGUCCUGUCUAUGCCCCUAGCCCGCGGGCGGCCACACCAGGGAUCCCGUCGUCACCCCUAUCCGCUGGUGGGGACAGCAAGAAUCUUCAGGACCGAAUCGAGCGGCUACGCGCGAACGGAUGGCAGAGGAAACGCUUUGACAGCCGGCGGUACGAAGUGCUGAGGGAGCAAGUGCUAGGAGAGCUCGAGCCUUGCCGCUAGGAAGUGCAU